AUGGCUGUAGCUGUGGCGGUGGCAGGGGUCCAAACCGAAACAGCAACAGAGACGAGAACGAAACAAGCUGCUGCCAAAAAGGAAUUUUUCAGCUGCCGCCAGCAGAAGGCAGCACACACCCGAGGGAGGAGGAGUGAGCGGAACCACGCAAGGCAUCAGCAGCAGCAGCAGCAGCAGCAGCAGCAGCUGAUGUUAAUAGCCCAGCGGCCGAAUGCCGGCGAAGACCCAACAAGAACAAAUGUCUGGCAGGCAGUUGUUGCCUUCGCCACAGCGCAGCCCAGCGAUAAGACCCAAAGGCAGUCGACGGGUGAAGUGGAGGAAACAGCUGUUCCAUCUGCAGCUACCAAAUGCCUGCGCAAGCGCCUGGCCCGAGUGCAAGCAUGCGACGACGAAGCCGAAGCCGAAGCCCGAACACGAAGCAGCGAAACACGAUUGAACACGUCCGAAACAGAGACCGUCGCUGGUCGCUACCUGAGUGGCGGCGGCUGGCUGCUCUGCUCACAAACAAAUUCAUCUUUCGCCUGUGCGGACAUGGCGCUCGAUGGCAAGGCGAUAAUUAAGGAGGAGAUUACCGACAAGGACUCAUAUGACGUGGCCGCAGCAGCGGUGGCAGCUGGAGCCGCGCUCGCGGUGGCCACAGCAGCAGGUGUUCAGGGGCCACCCGCGUCAUCGUCAUCCUCCUCGUCGUCCGUGGUCGUGUCGGCGGUGACGGGCGCAGCCAGCAACUGCACCACAUCCCACAGCAGUCGAGACAGGGACAGAGAGAGGGAGCGGGAGCGGGAGCGGGAACGCGAUCGCCUGUGUCGCACUCCACCCGAUUCCCCGCCAGACUCUGCACGCAGUCUCGCCCCUCGGUCCCCACACUCGCCGCUGCAGCUGCACCAUCGACCGCAGCGCAAUGCGAGUGUCUCCCCGGUGGUAAACGGAGGAGUUGGCUCCUCGGGCACCUCGCCCACUCCGGGUGCCCAGCAUGCCGCCUCGCUGGCAGCCGCAGCCGCCGCCGCAGCAGCCGCUCACGUGGAGCAGGCACGACUCGUGGCCAAGUUGCGCAAGUUCCUCGGCGCUCUGGUCCACUUCUCGCAGGAUCUCGGCCAGCCGGAGGUGUGCGAGCGAGUUCGGGCUUUGGUACUGUCUCUCUGCUGCGGCACCAUCUCGCUGGAGGAGUUCCGCCUGGCGCUGCAGGAGGCCAUCAACCUGCCGCUGCGACCCUACGUCAUGCCGCUGCUGAAGAACAGCGUGACGCUGAUGCAGCGCGAGAUCCUGGCCCUGGCCCGGGCCACCAACCAGUCCGCCCUGCAGUACGUCACCAACAACGAGCCGGCGGUGAUGGAAUUCGGCGCAGAGUUUGGCGACAUCUUCGUGCAGCUGGAGGCGCCCACAGCGAAUGGCAGCGCGGUCUUCAAGCGUCGCUCCUCGGACUCCAUGAUGGAGCACGGCGGCCACAAUGGACUGCACGAGUGGAGCGAGUACAUGGCCAGCGGCGGCGGAGUGUCUGCCUCCGGAUAUCCCCCACCGCCCAACAAGCGCAUGGCCAUGCAUCCCGCCCACUCGGUCAUGGCCUACGGCGACUACACUGUCUCGGUGGCUGAGGGUCUGCCCUCGGCGGCUGGUUUCAUGCAACGCGACGAACGGGAGCUGCGACAUCCGGCUCCACCACAGCGUGCUGCCAAUCCCAAUCCCAAUCCCAAUCCCAAUCCGAAUCCCCAAGCCAAUCCCAAUGCCAACCCGAAUACUGCCGCUGGUGGUGGUGCUGCCGGCGGCGAGGAAGAGUGGAAAAACAUUCACACAAUGCUCAACUGCAUCUCGGCCAUGGUGGACAAGACGAAGCGCGCCAUCACGAUCCUCCAGCAGCGUGGCAUCGAGCCGCAGCAUCCCAACAGCGGGCAGGAGAUAACGCCAGCGGCACUCGCCGAAUUGCGACGCCAAACCGAGGAGAAGGUCUCCGAAUUCAAGCGGAAUGCCGAGGAUGCAGUCACCCAGGUCAAGCGACAGGCGGUCAUCGAGAUCCAACGUGCUGUGGUGGCUGCCGAGACGCGUGCCGCAGAGAUCAUGACCCAGGAGCGGCUGCGCAUGGAGAAGUUCUUCAUGGAGAUGAGUCGCCACUCGAGCGGCGAGCGGGAGAUGGACAACAAGUCGCCAUCGAUCACCACGGCACAGAAUAACGGGACACUGCAGCAGCAGUGCUGGAACUGCGGUCGCAAGGCCACCGAAACCUGCUCGGGCUGCAACAUGGCUCGCUACUGCAGCGCCUCGUGCCAAUACAGAGAUUGGGAUAGCCAUCAUCAGGUCUGUGGCAACACCAGGGCCAGCGAAAUGAGUGCCAAGCACUUGCACCCCGCAGCCGGCAGCAUUCGCACGGCGAUGGCCACGCGAUCCCCACCCACGCCCACCUCGUCAGCCCAUCUGCAGGCGGCGGCGGCAGCAGCAGCAGCGGCAGCAGCAGCGGCGGGUGCCCGUGAGGCGAUUGUUGCGGCCAGUGUGGGUCCGAGUGGUGGCGGAGGUGGCCCAGGCGGCCCAGGCGGUGGAGGAUCUGGCGGUGGGGGCAGUGCGGGGGCUGCGGCCGUGGCUGCUGCCACGCCCAGUGCCCUGGUGGCGAACGGAUUGGGCUCCAAAUGACGCAUUCGCAUGAUGAAACCCAAAAAGAAGUACUUGUGCUAGUCAAAUUAUAAGAGGGGGAGGGUCAGAGAGGUCAGAGGUCACCCACACAUACACCAAUACAUACAUAAUUAUGCAGUUAUCCGAAAAUUAAACAACAAAAAAAAGAAAUAAAUUUCUAAACUUAAUUAAAACGAAAAAGUAAUUCACGAAGUAGGAGACGCUUCAGCAACAGAGCUCAAAACGUAGAUACAGAUACAUAGAUACAUGCAUAAAUACAUAAACACAUACAUAGUUAUGUAUUUGUAUUUUUCACAAUUUAAAUGUUUUAUGCAGCCAACAACUAGUGUAGUUUUUGAGAGGAAGUGCAGCUGGUGGAACCUCUAGAAGAAUUUAUAUAAAGGGAAUCGUAAAAGGGUAAUCUGCCAAUCAAAAAUUCUCACACUUCUCACACAUCUAGUGCACGUUUAGGAGGAAUAAUAACCAAGCCCAAAGGAGGAAGAAUAAUCCUAAAUAUUACAAUAGACAAUGUGUGUGCGCACUCGUAUUAAAUGUUUAUCCACAAAACUCACACACACACACACACACACACACACGGCAACUCUCGCAGCAGUAAAAGAAUAAAUCAGAAAUAAAACAAAAACUUGUAGAUCUGUAAGUAAACUUGGGAGAGUCAGAACCCCCAGAGCAAGUAAACAAACUGAACAUAGUAGAUUUUAUUAUUAUUAUAGUAAACUUAAAAAUAAAGUACGAGUAACACUAUUAUUAUUAUGAUAUGAUGGCUAACUUAUUGAUUGUAUUUAUAAUUUAUUGAUUAGUAUUUAUUGUAUUUAUCUCUUAAACAUAAUAACUAAUGUACUUUUACCAUAAACGACACACAACCACGUAAAUGUUGCAUCUACAAAAAAGAAACAGAAACAGAAACAAAAAACAAGAAGAAAACCAGCAAAAAGGCUCAAAAGAAAA